UCCGAGCCGGGCCGGGCGCGAUGGUGCCGGGGCAGUGAGGGAGGAAGCCGGUAGCCGAGCAGGCGGGGGACGGAGGAGCGGGACGCGGCAGCCGGGCGAGACGGAGCCGGCCCCGGUCUCAGCGGCGGCCCUGGCGGGCGGUGGGGACGCGGCCCUGGGCGGCGGCGGCGGCGGAUGUCGGGACCGAGCGCGGUGAGCGACCCCCGGCACGCCGCCCGCCUGCUGCGGGCCCUCAGCUCCUUCCGCGAGGAGAGCCGCUUCUGCGACGCCCACCUGGUGCUGGAGGGCGCGGAGAUCCCCGUGCAGAAGAACAUCCUGGCGGCCGCCAGCCCCUACAUCAGAACAAAAUUGAACUAUAAUCCUCCAAAGGAUGAUGGAUCUACAUAUAAGAUUGAACUCGAAGGGAUCUCUGUUGAAAUCAUGAGAGAGAUACUGGAUUACAUCUUCAGUGGGCAGAUCAGGCUAAAUGAAGACACUAUCCAAGAUGUUCUGCAGGCAGCUGAUCUCCUGCUUCUUACAGAUCUUAAAACUCUCUGCUGUGAGUUUUUAGAAGGUUGUGUAGCUGCUGAGAACUGUAUUGGUAUUCGAGACUUUGCACUGCACUAUUGUUUGCAUCACGUUUACUACCUUGCCUCGGAGUAUCUGGAAACUCACUUCCGAGAUGUCAGCAGCACAGAGGAGUUCCUGGAACUGAGUCCCCAAAAACUGAAAGAAGUGCUAUCCCUGGAAAAGCUGAAUGUUGGAAAUGAAAGAUAUGUAUUUGAAGCAGUAAUUAGAUGGAUCUCCCAUGAUUCAGAAUUAAGAAAGGUUCACCUGAAGGAUGUCAUGUCAGCAGUGUGGGUUUCAGGAUUAGAUUCAACUUAUUUGCGUGAGCAGAUGAUGAGCGAACCACUGGUACGGGAGAUUGUCAAAGAAUGUAACAACAUUCCACUUACUCCACCACAGCAGGGGGAGGCAAUGUUAGCCUCUUUCAAGCCCAGAGGUUAUUCUGAGUGUAUAGUGACUGUUGGUGGUGAAGAAAGAGUGUCACGGAAACCAACAGCUGUGAUGCGAUGCAUGUGCCCUCUUUAUGAUCCUAAUAGGCAACUCUGGAUUGAACUUGCCCCUAUGAGUAUUCCAAGAAUCAACCAUGGAGUACUCUCAGCAGAAGGAUUUUUGUUUGUACUUGGAGGUCAAGAUGAAAAUAAGGAAACUCUGAGCUCUGGAGAAAAAUAUGAUCCUGAUACCAAUUCAUGGAGUUCCUUGCCAGCAAUGAACGAGGCACGACAUAAUUUUGGUUUGGUAGAGAUUGAUGGAAUUCUGUAUAUUCUGGGAGGUGAGGAUGGAGAAAGGGAGCUAUGCUCUAUGGAGUGUUAUGACAUUUAUAACAAGACCUGGACCAAGCAGCCAGAUCUGACCAUGGUUAGAAAGAUUGGCUGCUAUGCAGCUAUGAAGAAGAAAAUCUAUGCCAUGGGCGGAGGCUCCUACGGAAAACUGUUCGAAUCUGUUGAAUGUUACGACCCUCGGAUUCAGCAAUGGACAGCCAUCUGUCCACUAAAAGAGAGAAGAUUUGGGGCAGUGGCAUGUGGAGUUGCCUCAGAGCUUUACGUGUUUGGUGGAGUCAGAAGUCGUGAUGAUAAUCAGGCCAGUGAGAUGGUGACAUGCAAAUCUGAAUUCUAUCAUGAUGAGUUUAAAAGAUGGAUUUAUCUAAAUGAUCAGAAUUUAUGCAUCCCAGCCAGUUCUUCCUUUGUGUAUGGAGCUGUACCUAUUGGGGCCAGUAUUUAUGUCAUUGGAGAUCUUGAUACAGGUACCAAUUAUGACUACGUUAGAGAGUUUAAAAGGAGCACAGGAACAUGGCACCAUACUAAACCAUUAUUUCCAUCAGACCUUCGCCGCACUGGCUGCGCAGCCUUGCGGAUUGCAAACUGCAAGCUUUUCCGACUGCAGCUUCAGCAAGGAUUGUUCCGUAUUCGUGUUCCUUCCCCAUGAUUAGUCCUGCAAAAAUGGAGGAGAUGGGAAGAAACCUAACACAGUCCACCGUAACAUAGCUUUAUAUAAGGAAAAACAAAGCUAUUGCAACUGAAACUUACAUUAUAUGCUGUGCUUUGGUAUGGUAUCUGUUUUUGGUUUUGUUUUAAAAUGCUUAAAAACUUGAGUCUCAGCUCUUGUUUGGGGGAUAAAUAGCUCUAUAUUAAACAAAAAAAAUACCAUGACAAAGGGAACACCUUCAGUCCUAACUAUCUAAAAAAAGUAAACUACACUAAUGAGGGAGUUCCUUGCGUCUGAAGCAGGAAGGAAUGGGUAAUAUAACAAAUUGUAUCGAAAAGUAAAAAAAAAAUUUAAGGUGCAUUUCCCCUCAGGGGAAUUGAUAAGAAUUAGCAUGCUGUCUUCAACUGGAUAGCUUUAAUACAGAUAUGCUGUAUGAAAAUCAACCUCUCUGGUAUACUGCAAGACUGUUCUUCAUCUGAAUCAGUUCAAGGGAGAUGUUGGUCAUUGCACCUUUAUUUCUAGCCCUUCCUCACUAGUCAAGGUCUGUGCCUACAAGGGUGGAGGUGUACAUAUGUUUUUCAUUCAUUUCCAAUGUUUUCAUUCCUAAGGAUCUUUUAAAUAUAUUUAAAAUUGAACUAAGAGUUACAAUAUAUUGUAGAUGUGUAAACUGUUUUUCUACACAGUGUCAUUCAAAUGCUCUGAAGAUUCCGUGUAUUGGGGGUGGGCCAGCAUGCAUUCUUUGUGUGGAUUUUGGAAGCUGCAAUGAGUGAAGUAAAGGGAAGGACUGAGGCGUAGAAUAUGUCACACCUUUACUGUGGCUGGUAAAGGAAUGCAGCACGAGUCGCUUUUCUGAGAGAAAUAGGACUCCUUUUCCCUUCAGAUCACUUAAAAAUCACUGCACGUUUGCAGUGUUGAGGAUGUGUAUUUGUGCAAAAGGGGAGAAGGAAAGGUGGGGCAUUAAAAGGGAUAUAUAUGUAUUGUGGAAAACUUGAUUUCAGGUUCCUGUUUUAAAGGAAAUUGUACAGGCAACUUAUAUUGGGAUCAGAAGCUGGUUUACUUAUGAUUUCUGUGCUAAGGUUUUUGGCUUUGAAAGCUUGUUUUAGAAUUCAGUUGUAGUGAAGAAUUUGUCUUAUGGCUUUUUCCUUUUAAGUCUUGUUACCACUGCGAGUAAUAUUUAAUUGAGUUAUGUUAGUACGAAAGAUCUGCUGGUAGAACACACUUUACCUCAUUACUUAAUUUCAUUUUUGUUACUUGUGAUGGGUGACACACAACACUACUGAAAAAAAAAAGAAAGAAAGAAGAAAAGGGGGGAGGGGAAGAAAUUGAGCUGGAAAUGCAGUUGAAACUUAUCCCUAUCUCCACCCUAAAAAGACUCUUCUAAUACUUUGUAGUGUUGCCGGUUCUAUUACAAGACACUGUUCUUUCCACUCUGAAACUUUGAAGGACCUCAAUCAAAAAUCAGUGGGCCAGGUUUUGCCCUCAGUUAUUCACACACACAAAUCCAGAUUAACUCCUUUGAUCCAUCCAAAAUAAUCUUCUCAAAUACAGGCCACAAAUAGAACAAAAUAGCUAGUGUUCAACUAUCUAAAUUUUCCUUAAUGAAACAUUCCAAGGCUUACUAAUUUUCAUCAUCAUUCUGUAAUGUUAACAGAAUAAUCCAAUUAAAUCAAUAACUGCAGGCAGAAUUUAGUCCAUUGAUUUUUUUUUUUUUUUUUUUGUAAUGCUGAAGUGCUGCAGAAUCUGAACUGUAUGUAGUAACCUAUUUUUAAUCACUAUAUUUUUAAUGGUUUUGUACACAUGGCGGUAGAAAUUUACUUGACUUAGUAUUUGUCUUUAAAUUUGUUAUAUUCUUUAUUACAAAAAUGUAAACCUCUGUUUCCAUCUUCAGAUUUUUUUGUUGAAAAAGUUUUGUAAAGAUUUCCACUUUUUAUAAAUUAAAGGCUUACGGUAAAAUGUUCAAAAUCACAUAAAUCAUUUUUGAAAACAGAACUUAGGCAUUUAGGAGCCUAAGGCCUGGUCUACAUUUAAAAUUAGAUCAACCUCGCUAUAUUGCAUAGUGCUGUGAAAAAUUGUAUACAUGGUACGACAUAGUUAGAGGUUGACCUAACCCCAGGUGUAGAUGCAGCUAGGUCAACAGAAGAGCUUUCUGGUGACUUGCCUCCUGCUUCUCAAAGAGGUAGAUUAGCUACAUUGACUGAAAAACCCCUUUUGUUGAUAUGGGAAGCAUCCAUACUAUGGCACUAUAGCAGCUGUGUAUAGACAUGCUCUAAGUCUAAAGAGCCUAAGUACCCAAGUCACUUUGAAAAUGAACUUUGGCUCCUAAAUAAUUUAGAUGCUUUUGAAAACUUUAGCUAAUAUCUUGCAAGAAAUACCUCCUGAGAACUGAAGUUAGUGAGAGCAAAUGGUAUUCAUCACCCAGCAAGACUGGGUAGUAAAUACACAAAAUAAAUUUAAAUAAAUCACAAAUUCUGUGUGCUCUGGCCAUGUUUUAUGGUAAAAGUUAAUAAGUAAAAGUUAGUUUACAUUUAACAAGGUAAAGUAGGAUUAACAUUAGGGUUAUUUUUGGAUUUUCUAAAAAAGGAAAAUUAAAAUAAUUGUCUUGUGUAGCUAAAAUACUCUGUUGGAUUUGACAGAGGAGUGUAAGCAACUUAUUCUAAAACACCUACACACUUUAAGCAUGUGAAUAGUUCUAUUAACUACUGCAGGACUGGGGCCUAAAUUUUUUGAACCAAUAAGUGUACAUUUAAGUGUACAGCUAACUAACUUCCUGUGUACACAGUGCAUGCGUUAAGGAAAACAUUCAUCACGCAUGCUUAGUAUGCAGUUUUUAAAUGGUCGUGUCUUAAUGAAAAGUAUUUUUUGUAAACUCAAAGGCCUCAGUGAGAAUUGUUUGGGUCAAGUUUCAAACUUCAGCCAUUUUUGUAUUAGCCCUAUCUUUAAAAAAAAAAUUGAAAAUGGUAAUAGUGGUGGUUUGUGUUGCUUUCCCUUAGGUUGAACUUUACAAUAAAUAAAUGAAAAGAGAAUUUUGUUCACUUUACCAAAAAAAUACACCUUAAGGUGGAGGCUAGAAUUGAGAACUUCAGAAUAAAAUGUGAAUGUUUUGGAAAGUUAUUAAAAUAAAUAAAUAAAAUAAAUAGGGGUUAAUGGUUCUGCAACCUUAACCAUAGUGGGCACUGUCCUAUUCCUGUUUUAAGAGUGUAAGCCUGUGGCUUCUUUGCCAGAGGGGUAGAGGGCAUGUUCAAAAACAGAAAUAACUAGUAUAGUGCAUGGUUUCUGGUAAAGUUUUGCUUUGAGGACUCUGGCAAAGGCUAAGGAAAGAUCCACCUGGCACCUUUUCCUCCCCAGCCAACCAAUGUGGCUUCAGUAUAGUAACCAGUCUCUGGUCUUUUAAGCCUGGGAAUCCAAGUCUGUUUCUACACAUUGGAUAAUCAUAUGGGAAAUUUGUGCUGCUGAACAUCCAAUGCUAGAUUGGAUUUCAAAUUCACCACCUCUUUGCUUGUUUACCCUUUAUACAGCUCUAGUUAAGAGUCCUCUGCUUAACUAUAGCAAAACAGGUCAUUUUUCCUUUUAAUAUUUUACCAGCAACAGCACAUGAUUUAUCCUGACAAUGCCAUGUCAACUUUGCUGUCCUCAAUCAAGUGACUUGCAGUAGCCCUGAAGCUCUCUUUAAAACUAACAAGAAAAGAUGAAUCUGGAAAUUAAUCCCAAUUUUUAAAGGCUUAUUUAUUAAUCACUGCAGACAAACUUUGUCCUGUGUGCCUGUGGAAUCCUAAUACUCAAAAGUGUGUUCAUACACUGUCUUAUGAGUCGGAGUUACCACUGAAAAUAUAAAAGGUGGAUAUUCAUCAAAGCUACUGCAGCACUUGACUUUUACCUUUAUGCAUUGGGUUCCCCUUCCAAAAAUCCCAGGCAGUUUCAUUUCCAGUAGAGAUGUUAGUACAGUAAUUUUUUCAAAAGAGUUCAGUAGUAGUAGUAUUUAAUUUUUUUGCAAUAUUUCUUGUGCUUGCAUGUCUUGGUAAUUGCACAAUGGUACAAAAGUGAAUUUUUACGUUUUAAGUGCAGUUUCUUGAUUCGGUAGUUCCAUAAAUAUACAGUCUGUACAGGAUGAUUGUUCAUGGUAUUAUGUAUUUGCCAUACACGGUGUGGUAUGCAAUAACAAAAGGAAAGCUGUUAUAAGUGCCAAACUUUUGGUUUUCUCUGUAUAUACAGAUAAUACACUACUCUUCUGUUGCGGUACAGGGAUAUUUAAAAUUCACUGUGUUAAAAAAAGUGAUUUUUUUUUGUAAAAUAAUGCUUCUUUUAAACACUGUAAAUCUCUUUAUUAUUUUUAAUACUGUUCUGCAGGUUUGUGUUACUGUACGUUGCUGCCUUGAAACAUCACUCCACGUGAUGCGUAUGGUCACUCUGCUCUUUAUUAGGGCACUAGUUACACGCAUGUAAAUAAAAAAUGGCAGCUGACAAUAAUAAUAUUUAGAUAAAGUGCAAUUCAUUUUAACUAAUCUCGCCCGCAGAAAGAAGGUUGUGUCUCAGGUUAAGUCACAGCAAAUGUGAGUUUUAACAGGGACACAGAAGUACUCAUAGGCUACAGUUCCUUAUAUUGUAACCAAUGUGUAUUUUUGUGCCACUCUCAAUGACACUUUUCAAGGAGUUUUGUGUUGUUUAAUUGAAUUUAGGAUCAGGAUAUUUUCUGUUCUUGACAUAUUAAGCAUUCUGUCUCGAUUUCUCUUAACUUUAUUUUGUUCCUGAGCUGCGUGUAUAAAUUCUGACUCCAGGGUUCAUUAGAUAUAAAUUUAUUUUCAAUUAGAAUGUACUGAUUCUUGGUUAAUUUGCAGGAUUUUUGGUGCUGUUGAUGUUAAACUGGUGGCAAGUGUUCAGCUCUAGACAGACAUUAGUACUGUAACUUUUUUAAUGUUUGCCAUCCUCUUGCUUUAUUAGUGUGAUUAAAAGCUUUCUUUACCAGGUAGGGUCCAUGUUUCAAGAGCAUGCUACAUCAUAAAGGAAAAUAUACAUAUAUUUUGAGGCACAGUGUUUACUUUUGUAAGCCUUGCAUCUGGGGUUGCCAAUUUUGGUAGGACGUAUUCCUGGAGGUUUCAUCACAUUACAGAUUAAUCUUUAAUUCCUGGAGACUCCAGGACAAUUCUGGAGGGUUGGCAACCACACUUACAUCAUUCAUCUAAUAAGAUUUGGGGCCUGAUUGCUUUCAGUGUCCAUUGACUUGAAGAUAGCACAUGGCUCCCUGUAGGAUUUAGUCCAGGGGGUGUAUAAAUAUAAAUAUGCUUUACUUCAGAAUGCACAAGCAAAUGUUCCAAGGUCUGUUGGUAGGUUGGGCCUUUUGAAUACACAACCUAUCUCCAAAACCUCUGUAGGGUGUGAUGUUAAAUUUCAUCACUCUAGGAAGAACCACUUGUUUACAGACAGUACUUACUAAAUGCUAUAAUAACAUGGCAGCCCUACUGAGUUUGGCAAAAUGGCAGAUGACAUUUCUGUAACUUAAUAGUUGGACUAGUUACCAGUUUUUAAAUAAAAUCUAGAUUAAUAUAUGCUUUAAGACCUUUCCAAGUGCCUAAUUAAACCGACACAAAGCUUUCUCUGUUAUGUAAAAUAGGGACUAUGGUAAUAAAUGCAUUAAACCAUAAGGCAUUACCAACAGGUGAGGUACUUUAACUUUCUCUGUGAUUUGAAUCCCUUAAAUUUUCUUGGCAAACCUAAAAUAGGUAGCUUGCAUGCUACUUAUAAAAAUUAAAUUACCAUACAUGUUUAAAACUAAGGGGAAAUUGUACCCAAUAAUAUCUGGAGAUCAGCUGAAAGACCAUGUUGUAAUGCCUUAAAACUAAACUGGAAGGCUGGAACUUUUCAGCAUAAUAGCUUAUAUCUUGUUGCAUGGUGUCUUUUAUAUUCAAUUCCAACCAGGACGAGCAUGUGAAUACCAAAUACGUCUGUCACAGAGUUGCUCAGACUGUAGAUGAAGUAUGCCAUCAGCUAGGUAUGGCCUUCUCAUUUAAUAAUGAAAUGAGAUCAUAUUGAGACCUUUUUGGUGAAGGGAAGCUUUCUUCUUCUUAUCUCUAGAAGAAAUUCUUACCUAAAUUAUUUCUUCAAUGAUCAGUUAUGAAAAUGUAAAUAUGUGGGGAGGGGGUUUUAAUUAUACAUAGUAAGUACUUCUAAAUCUGAUUUCCCUUCCCUCUCCAAAUCAGUGCUAAUGUUAAUGUAUUUUUUUAAAGCUGUAUUUAAUUUAAAUCCAGUUUGGGGGCCUGAUUUUUCAACCAGGUCCCAGCUCUGUCACUGUUUUUAUUGAUGUAAUCUUGUGCGUGCACAUGAAUACCUGUGUUUGUUUAAUGGCACGCUAAAAACAAUUUUUUUGCACAAAAUUGCACCUUUAAAAUCAAAGACCAUUGCUGAAAAUCUGGGUCUUAAUGUGCAAUAGGAAGUAGGCUACAACAUAUUUAUCAUUCGCUGUUCCUGAGUUUCUCUCUCUUUAGUGAAUUCAUGUUUGAGAGCUCCGGCUAGGCAGCAUCUGUUUGUUUUGAUUAAUUUAUUCAUGGAGCACAAUAGGAAAACAUAGAUUCUAGUUUAAAGGUAAGAAGUAAGCUGUGUCACUUAUUGCUUGUAUUUGCUUGUAUUAAUGGUUUGAGUUUAAAAAAAUGUAGCACUAGAGCAGCAGAAAAAUACCUUUUCAACCUUUCGUGGUUAGAAUAAGAGCUGGUAAAUGAUAAAUGCUUUACAGACAAAUAAGACUUUGUUCCCCAAAACUUGGAACAAGAAAUUUACUAGCUUCCGUUAAGGUUGUAUAUUGACUAAGAGCCAGCAGGAGUACAAAGAAGGAUGUCUGGUACAGUAAUCAAGUUGUACUGUACUAAGGUAGCAUUCAUGAAAGCACUUGUUACGGUUUCAGAUCAUUUUCAGUAGAAAUCAAGAGAUGCAGUCACAUGAACAAAUGUUUUAAGAAUUAGUGUUAAACUUUUUAGUUGGUGGCUCUAACACACACACACAGAAUAAUUUGUGGAUGAUCUGCUAAAAUACAGUUCAUCCUUAUUUUGGGGCAAAAAAAGGGCUAAUCUUCAGCCCCAUUUGAGUUUAAUUUUUUUCCUGAGGUUCCAAAACCUAGUAGUUUUUCUCCUCAUACCUGGAGUUUUUUGUUUUUUUGUUUUUGUUUUUUAAACACUAGAGAAAUAUAUUUCUCAUUGAGACUGGAUAGUAUUAUACUGAGUAGUGCAAUAUUGUAUUGAUACUUAAGUGCAUUUGAUUCAGACCUUACAUAGUACUAAUAGCGGGCUUUUAAAAUGUCAUUAAUAUUAAACAUGAGAGUGAGGAGGGAAAUAUCAAGCUCCAAGAGACAGACACGCACGCUUAGAGUCUUGUGGCAUGCCAGGCAAAGGGCCCAUAAAUUCUGGCACACGUGCUGCCUCCUUUGCAGCUCCUGGCAUUGAAACCAUGGCUAGAAUGAUCCAGUGCCCCAGUAAUCCUAAACUGCCAGAAUGGCCUCUAGGGGCCUGACCUUGUAGAAAUCUGGCUGCAACUGGCUUCUUUUCUGACCCUCUCCUCAACUGCAUCCAUCACGUAUUUGACACAGCUAGUAAUUUGGGCCUAGAGCUCACUCUGCAGUGUUAACGACCAGUUGCCUAAUCAAGGGGCAGAGGAUUUGCAGACCUGUGUUGGAAAUCCAGAGGGGCAGCUUUCAAAUCCUUAUGGAAUCAGAGGGUCACAGGUCUCCCGCCAUUCUUGUGGAGGGCCUGCUAUUUAACUACUUCCUGCCCUCUCCAUUUUCUUCCUUGCUAGCACCAUGGCUCUGUUACUGCUCCAGCCCAGUUUUGAUCCCUAAAUUUGCAUGGAACUGCAUGGAAUAUGCCACAAACAACUCUACUUUUGUAUACACUGGCAUUUUGCUACUGGCUAGCAUCAGUACCAGGCAACUUAGUUGAAACAAUAGUAAAGAAUAAAAUCGUCAGACACAUAGAAGAACAUAAAUUGUUGGGCAAAAGUCAACAUGGUUUCUGUAAAGGGAAAUCAUGUCUUACUGAUCCAUUAGAGUUCUUUGAAGGGGUCAGCAAACAUGUGGGCAAGGGGAUCCAGCGGACAUAGUAUACUUAGAUUUCCAGAAAGCCUUUGACAAGGUCCCUCACCAAAGGCUCUUAUGUAAAUUAAGUUGUCAUGGGAUAAGAGGGAAGAUCCUUUCAUGGAUUGAGAACUGGUUAAAAGACAAGGAAAAAGGGUAGGAAUAAAUGGUAAAUUUUCAGAAUGGAGAGGGGUAACUAGUGGUGUUCCCCCAGGGUCAGUCCUAGGACAAAUCUUAUUCAACUUAUUCAUAAAUUAUCUGGAGAAAGGGGUAAACAGUGAGGUGGCAAAGUUUGCAGAUGAUGCUAAACUGCUCAAGAUAGUUAAGACCAAAGCAGACUGUGAAGAACUUCAAAAAGAUCUCACAAAACUAAGUGAUUGGGCAACAAAAUGGCAAAUUUAAUGUGGAUAAAUGUAAAGUAAUGCACAUUGGAAAAAAUAACCCCAACUAUACAUACAAUAUGAUGGGGGCUAAUUUAGCUACAGUUAAUCAGGAGAAAGAUCUUGGAGUCAUCGUGGAGAGUUCUCUGGAGACAUCCACGUAGUGUGCAGCGGCAGUCAGAAAAGCAAACAGGAUGUUAGGGAUCAUUUAAAAAGGGAUAGAAAAUAAGACGGAGAAUAUCUUAUUGCCUUUAUAUAAAUCCAUGGUACGCCCACAUCUUGAAUACUGUGUACAGAUGUGGUCCCCUCAUCUCAAAAAUGAUAUACUGGCAUUAGAAAAGGUUCAGAAAAGGGCAACUAAAAUGAUUAGGGGUUUGGAACGGGUCCCAUAUGAGGGGAGAUUAAAGAGGCUAGGACUUUUCAGCUUGGAAAAGAGGAGACUAAGAGGGAAUAUGAUAGAGGUAUAUAAAAUCAUGAGUGGUGUGGAGAAAGUGAAUAAGGAAAAGUUAUUUACUUGUUCCCAUAAUAUAAGAACUAGGGGCCACUAAAUGAAAUUAAUGGUCAGCAGGUUUAAAACAGAUAAAAGGAAGUUCUUCUUCACUCAGCUCAGUCAACCUGUGGAACUCCUUGCCUGAGGAGGUUGUGAAGGCUAGGACUAUAACAGGGUUUAAAAGAGAACUAGAUAAAUUCAUGGAGUUUCAGUCCAUUAAUGGCUAUGAGCCAGGAUGGGUAAGGAAUGGUGUCCGUAGCCUCUGUUUGUCAGAGGGUGGAGAUGGAUGGCAGGAGAGAGAUCACCUGAUCAUUACCUGUUAGGUUCACUCCCUCUGGGACACCUGGCAUUGGCCACUGUCGGUAGACAGGAUACUGGGCUGGAUGGACCUUUGGUCUGACCCAGUAUGGCCAUUCUUGUGUUAAGAACAUAAGAACCAAUGGCAAUGGCCAUUCUUAUGUUAUGUUGGCUUUGUACUUUCUUCUAUGCUACGCAUUGCAUUAUUUAUCUUUAAUAAUUCAGUUGGGCAUUUUCAGUUAAGACUUGCUUUCCAUCAAACAUCUAGAAUUACAACAUGUAUGGGUUAUAGUUCACCUGAAUACCUAUGAUUGGUCUAUGGAUAGACCACGUGUAGCACGCUUCCACGUAUCUGUUGUAUUUGUAGCAGGAAGUAUUUGUCUUUUUAAUAAUUUGUGAUUUUUUUUUUUUUGAUUGAGGAUAAACCCUUAUACCUUAACAAAAUCGUGAAAAGUGUAUAAACCCUUAUACCCAGCUACCUUAGUGGUUUAUUUUAUUUUAUUUUUUGCACUUUGCCAAAUUGUGGGAUUUUUUUUUUAGAUUGCAUUCUAGCCUUUAACAAAAGGCUAGAAGCAAAUGGGAAGCAGGGUGGAAUAUUGCCAUUGUCCAAGGAUGGUUUUCCCUAGUUUCCUUUAACAAUGUUUGUCUUCACUAGCAGGUAUAGGGGUUCUCCUGCAGCUGCUGCAAGACAAUUGCUUGAAAGUAACUAAACUUUUAUAAGUAUCAUGAGGUAGCCGUGUUAGUCUGUAUCCACAAAAACAAGAAGUCCAGUGGCACCUUAAAGACUAACUGGUUUAUUUGAGCAUAAGCUUUCGUGGGUAAAAACCGUAAAUGUAAGAAGCAGUCAAAGGCAUAUGUUCUUAUGGCUUUAAAUAGGAAAGUAUUUUAAUAUAUUAAAUUUUUUUGUACUUGUGAACUAGACCAGUUGGACAAGCUUCUCUCUAUUCCUACUGUAUAUUCUGCUCUUUGUGUGGACUUGAUUACAUCUCCUUUGAAGUAAAUGGAAAAACUCCUAUUGACUUGAUUGAUGUUGGAUCAGGCCCUUUUUGUGUGGAAUUCCCAACCUGCCCAUCUAGGGAGAGCAGAAUAUCUAAGAUGAUUUCCAUCUUCCAGAUUUGAGAGCAUGAUUUUUCCACCUACCUUGGAACCUUCAGGUAUCCAGCUUCUGUUCAGUUGAAUAAAAAGGUACCAAUUCAUUCUUUCUUUCCUAAAUGUACUGUUUUGACACACUUCUGAUUUCUUAAACACUGUGUUUGACUUGUUAAAAUGACACUAGUAAAUUGAUAACUGUUAGUGCUUUUUUUCUUGAAUAUUCAGUGCUUAUAUGCAAUUACCUUUAGUUUUGUACAGCUCCUUAACUUGUAAGGGCCUUAAAGAUACAAAUGAAAAUUUUAAGAAAUACCCGUCAGAUCUUUCUGUAAAAUCAAAAUAUGAAACAUUUCACAACGAAAGCUUUCCUCAAAAUAUUCAUAUUAAAUUGCAGUUCAGAUAAAUUUAACCCAGUUAAACUAAAAUUGUAAUGACUAUGCAUGUUCCAGCAAAUGGUACAUCUACUUUGCACUUGGGAGGUGUGACUGCAGCUAGCUUCGAUUUAGGUAGAUUAAUGAUAGCAGCGAAGCCCUGGCCGAAUGAUUUAACCUCAUCCACCCAGGACCCCCCUGGUACAUACUUGAUCAGCUGCCCCGGCUUCACUGCGAUUGUUACGUGGGCAAGCUUUGAUCUAGCUAGAUUGUAUCUACUGAUUGCAGCGUAGAUAUACCCUUAAUGAGUACGAAACAAGGAGCUCUCUACACUGCCAGUGGAGUAUACUGAUAAGUUAUGAAUUGAGGAACGUUUCAUUGGGAACAUAGGGGAUACCCAUUACAUUCUUUUUAUUCAUAGUUCUUCAGCCAGUUCUGAGGAUCUGGCUCAAGGUUGCCCCAUGCAUCCUGCCUGUGGGGAGCAUUCCCACCCAUGUGGCUCCCUGAUUUUUCUGGUUGUUGGGCCAGUCCUGAGGCACAGUCUUCAGGGCUGAUCCAAGUUGCAUUUGGUGCAGUGGCCUACAAAGGGCCACUAUAGCAGCUAGGGACCACUGCACCACAGUGGAGCUCUGGAUAUCGCCUCCCUCUACCCCCACGUUUUUUCCCUCAGCCUUGCCACUUGCGUGGUGUGCCAGCUUGAAGUGGUAUAGCUUUAUUUGCUUUGCAGAGCAGCACAAAACAGUCUUAGUGGGUCUGAUGAUCAAGUUCCUUAAACGCUGGCUAAGGGAUAAAAAGCUGUGUUUUAAUUCUGUUUUCUUUUAAUCAAGAUCAUCAGCUUAGUUUGGGGAAUUAGUAACGGACAAUUAUAAAACAUUUUUGAUGCCAUGGAGAACAUAGAAGCUCUUGCUCCUGCACCAGUUGGGGGAGGGGGAAGAAUCAUGGGAUUAUAGCCAUUUAUGAGCCUAUGUCACUCCUCCAAACAUAAAAUGGGGUCAGCUACCCCCAUGGCAAGCAUUACAAACUUACUAAGAAUCCUCCAUGCAGGGAACCCAUAAGUGAAGGGGGGAUGGGAGUUAUAUGCAUUGUCCACUUGCCUGUUGGGGAAUUCACCAAAAAGUAAUGGAACCUAAAGCAUCCCCAUACUUCAUUAUAGACUCUUCCCCCUUUUUUAGGAAAGCUGAAGGAGGGGGCACUAGAGCCAAACCCACUGACAGAUCGUCUCUGGAUACGUCUGCGCUACAACUGGGAGGUGUAAUUCCUAGCUCAGGUGGACAUACACAAGCUAGCUCUGCUCAAGGUGUCAUGCUGUAAAGAGCAAUGUGGCUCUGGUUUGCUGCCCCAGUAGAUACCCAGGAUCUCAGACAGGGUUGUGCUUCGGUGGCUAGCCUGAACUACUGCCUGUGUGGCCACAUUGCUUGAGCGAGCAUGCUAAAAAUGGCAGAGUUAGUAUGUAUAUAUCUGCCCAAACUGGGAAUAACGUUUCCCUGCUGCAGUGUAGACGUGGCCUCUGCAGCUCUCUGAGAGUUUUGGUAAGGAUGGGUCCACAUCAUUUCCUAUGUAGCAGGGCAAGAAAAAAUGGGUUAUACAAGCCCUGGGAUGAGAGAUGUAGGUGGCAUUACAUGUCACUACAUCAUGGUUGAAGUUUGUGAUUCUACUUUGCUGUGAUACUGGUAGGGCUUUAGGAAACUGAAAGUGUUUUGUUUCAGUUCUCCCAAUUUCAUUGCAAUUAACUCCAUGCUUGUCCAAUGUCCAUCCUCUGAAAUCUUGUAAAACGUGAUUUUUGCAUGGCUAUAAAAAGUCAAUUUUUUCAUGUUCUUCAUUGGGAAGGUUGAUAAUGUUCCAAAUCAGACAGUUUAAACUCAAAAUAGUGACAUUAAAAAAGGCUAGAAUUUUUGCUCAAAAAAGGAUGUUUUGAGUGAAAAUGAGAAAUAGUAAAAUUUCACAGGCCUUUUAUGAAAAUGGAAUGUUUUUUUGCGACAUUGCAACAAAAUGCAAAUCUCAACAACGUAAAACAUUUUUGUUCUGAACAAGGCUAGAAUAGGGCUCCCUUUGGUUUGUGGGCCUGCAAGCAGUGGUUCUGUGAUUAAUUCAGCCCUGCUAAUACCUGUGGCAGAGGAACUAAUUGUCCUCUUAUGCAGUAUUGCCAUGUUGGUGGAAGAUAAUGGAAAUUUGGGAGUGAAGAAUAUGGAAGUCUUACUACAAGGCAGUAUAGCAAGUAUUGUAAUAAAUAUUAGGAAGAAUUUGACAGUUAAAUUCUUUACAAGCAUAUAGAAAAGAACUAUAGGGAUGUGUACACUUUGAUUAAUUGUUUGAACACUUUUCACGAUUUUUUCUUUUGGUGUCUGGCUAUUUGAGAUUCUUCUAAUCUUUCCUUCAAAAGAAAAGUCACAGUUUUCCUUCUUACGCUGACUUCAGGAUUUGCGUUCUUUAAACCAGGUAUAUACAAUAUCGUGGAUCCUGUUGAGUUGGGCUAAAGAAUAAUAAAACACUCAUGCUUUUUAUUAGGUCCAGUCUUGCUGCUGAAUCAUAUGCAAUCCCUACUGGGCCCUUAAUGUUUUUUUGCAGUGUAGUUGUAGCCGUGUUGGUCCCAGGGUAUGAGACACAGAAAGUGGGUGAAAUUACUGGACAAACUUCCAUUGUUGAAAGAGACAAGCUUUUGAGGUGCACAUAACUCUUCUUCAGGUGUCCUGAAGAAGAGCUCUCUGUAGCUCAAAAGCUUGUCUCUUUCAGCAACAGAUGUUGGUCCAGUAAAAGAUACUACCUCACACACCUUGUUUCCUUCCUAUGUUUUAGCACUAGACAAUGCAAUAACAAUCCCAAUAGAGCAUUUGUAAUUGCAUUAGUCAUUCAGUGAAACUAGUGUUAGAAAAGUCAGAAUGCUGACAUCCCCAUAAUGUCUAGCCUUUGCAUAGUGCUACGCCUGCGGUAUCCUACAUCAAUAUCUUCUAUGACAGCACUAUCUUAUGAGGACUUUCCUGUAAAACCCUGUCUGACUGGGUCAAGGAAAAUAUAUUGUCACUUUUCCAUAAGAAAGCCUCCAAGUAUAGGUUUUUCUGGAGACGUGCUUAUCUGGUCAGUCCCAUAUACGCAGUUUAAGAACAAGGUUAAUACAUCACUGAAUUGUUCAUAGACUGUCAUUCUGUAAACUUGCUGGUUGUUGAAGGUUUUAACUUGGAUUUUUUUUUUUUUUUUUUUUUGUAAUUUAUGGAAACUGAUCUUUUAUUUCCAUCUUAUUCCCCACUCUGGAUCUUCAUUAAUUGACUUAAAACUGAAUAGUAUAAGUCACUCGGGGCCAAAUCGGGGAAUCACGCUGAGGUUGAGUGUAUCUGCUUGAGAGAUGGGCGUCUGGAAGAGCCUUGACUCAUGAUCGUAGGAAUCCUCUUUAGCCUCACCCUGCCUCUUCCAUAGGGGAAGGACUGGAGGAUCUGUGCAACUGGGGACCCUGUGCAGUCACACAAGGAUCACCAUGGAGCCAAUCCUUUUGCAACACAGGGGUGCAUGUGUUGUGUGGCUUUUCCAAAUGCAGUCCUCUUUCCCCUCCCCCAUCAGCCCUACCACAAUAGCUCUAUUGCAUGAGAGGCCUGCCAUGGUCAUGGAGGUGAGGUUGGAUUUCUCACCUUAAUGUCUCCCCAGGUUAUUCUGACUCCCUCUGCAAAAUGGGGGUGUUAAUGGUUAAAGCUUUUUGAAGAUGAAACUUAUUGAAGUGCUUAGUUUUUAAUAUCAGCAUGUUUUGGCUAUGAUAUUUUUUCUUUAAAAUAAAACCAAUUACUUAUCCACUCAAAUACUUGUCUCUUUAUACUAUGCUGAUCUUAGCUUUGGAAAGCUUUGGAUGGACUGAUGCCCAAGAAUCUUACAUCCAAAUAAACUACAUCCACCAUUUCCUGCCAGAUUUUUCUCUGAUUUGUUAAGCAUUCUGACUCUCUCUAAAUAAUAUACUUCCCGGUGUCUCCCACUAGGCAGUCUCUUAUUACUAUUGCCAAUAACCUCUUCCUGUUGAAGCAGAGCUUCUAGACAUGGAGCCAGAUCUACCACCAGUUGGAGUGAGUGUCAUCCCAUUAACUUCAUAGCAUUUGUACUCCUUUUUGCCAAUGGUUUAUUGGGUCAUUGUAGCUUACUGGAUCCUUCCAGGUAAAUGUAGAUCUUGCAUGUGUCCCUAUGUCAUCCACUGGUGCCGCUGAUAUUUUCAGAAAUACUUGUAGCUUGGACUUUUCAAAAGAGCCUAAAGAAGUUAGAUACCAAAAACCCAGCCUAAAUCUGUUUAAUUUCUGCCACUCUUUUGGUUUUGCCACUUACAUUAGAAUUCAGAGAUGGAUCCUGUGUGCUCCGGAGUCUUGCUAGAGAUCCUGAGUUCUCUCACUAUUUUGUCUUCCAGUAAAGUUUGUUUUGUCUUAUGGUGUUUCUAUCCCCUUUGACUCAUCCCCUUGUUAACACGAUUAAAAAUGGAAAACGUUUGCCUCUAAUUUUACAUUCUACUGGUAAAUUAUCAGUGGAAUAAUUUUCAAUUACCACCUCUUGCCUGCAUUCACUUGCCGCCUCUAUAUUAACCUCUAGGUGGACUUUUUGGUUUACUGGACAUAUUUUUAUCUUACCCCAUGCCUCUUUCUUAAUCCCCAUUACUAUUUUUUGCCCUUUGUAAUUCAGGUUAGCCUUUGUUUACUUGUACAUAUCCCUCCGACCUGACAUAUCGCACUGUGAAGUGUCUGAAAUCAACUCUGCUUGGCUGAAAUUAAAUGUCUUGUUGGUUUCACUUCAGUCCUAGACCCCAAUUCUUCUAUAGAACAAUGCAAUCAGAACAAAGUCUGAAAGUGUUUUGUUUUUGUUUACUGAAAAUGUUAGAUUCUAGGAAAUGUUUUUCUUUCUUAGAAGUAGCCAGUCCACAUUGUUAGCAGAUUAGAAGUUUCUUAUGCUUCCAUAUUCAAUAUUUUUAAUUGAGAAACAUUAUUUUGGGAAAUGUACAAUUUUUGUACUUUGAUGUCAAAGUGGCCUUUAUAGGAAAAGCACAUACAAUAUUUAGAUUAAAAUUCAUUAGCUAUGUAAUUUUAGUGGGGAUUUUUGUAUUGACAGGGUUUUUAUGCAUUUUUCAAAUAUACUUACUGUUUUGUGUUAGAAAUUAUUUGUAAUAUUUUUUAAACUACAUCAUGAAAUUUUCCCAUGGUUCCUCCUUCCAUUCCAUUCAGUUACUACAAAGCUGUUAGCUAACCCUGUACAUUAAU